GAAAGAAUUCCAAGUUUUUUGUUCUCCAACUCAGUUGAAAACGUCGUCGUUCAAUUUUGCACUUUAAAUUAUUUUAAUCUCAACAAUAAUUUCGCAUUAUUUUUUGUUUUUCUAAUUUCCUUAUCAUUUUGUGUGUUAAUUAAUUGUGAAAAACUUGAAGAUGGAGAAUAAACAAAAUGAUGGACCAUGGGCUUUCACACCCUCCUCAUCUACUACUGAUUUUCCUAUACUUCCUCCUCCACCAACAUCAAGCAGUCAACAAACAAAUCUGGCCCAAAAGCACCUGCAACAAACCCAAGCUAAAGUCGAUGAGGUUGUUGACAUUAUGCGAGUGAAUGUUGAAAAAGUCCUGGAACGCGACCAGAAAUUAUCGGAAUUGGGCGAGAGGGCGGACGCCCUCGAACAUGGUGCAUCCCAAUUCGAGCAACAAGCUGGCAAACUCAAACGGAAGCAAUGGUGGGCCAAUGUUAAGAUGAUGAUAAUCAUGGGUGUAAUCGGAGUCGUCCUGUUAAUUAUUGUAAUUGCCUCUCUAUUCAGUUAAGAACGAGUUAAUAUUAAGAAAUUUUCAAUACUUCCCUCCAGCAGUGAUGCACCAGUGGAUAAGAAUUAAAUUCUGAAAUUAUAUUAAAAAACAAAAAAAAAAUAUAUUUAACUUUGUUGUUCCCAAUUCAAAUAUAAUACAAAAAUAAAAACAAAAAAUUCAUUAUAAAACAAA